AUGGCUGCGCUGGUUAAAUCCCUGACUCUAGCCCGUCCUGUGGUCAAAGACUCCUUCCUGUCCACCAACAUCCCCUUCCUGGACAGGAACAUCCCAGAUGUGUACUCAACCAGUUUCCAGGAGCACUUCCGGCCUGUUUAUGCCAAGAAGGCAGAACCUUUUUAUUCGCCCCCGGCUCAGGUGGACUUGAAGGACUUGAAGGACUUGAAGGAGUACCUGACGGAGGCGAGGGCCUCCUACCAUGCCCACCCCCUGCAGCAGACCCCCACCACUCCACGCUGGACCACGCUGAACACCAACUUCAAGAUGCAGACGGACCCUGCAGAGGUUACGUUCCUCACCACGCAGUCUGAGAGGUUCUGUCCUCAUCCCUUCCAGCUCCCUCGCUCUCCCAUCCGACCCCCAGAGGCCUCCAGGAAGACCCUCGAUGAGGAGAAGACCCUCGAUGAGGAGAAGACCCCCGCCAGCACCAGCAGAGCCUCCUUCACCCCACACCACCACUGUCCUGCUGUCAAAGCUGCUUCUAAACAUCUAGUAGAGGGCUUUCCCACAAUCAAAGGGGACCGGCGCCGUCACACUUCUGUCUCCCAGUACAGCGACUGUUUCCAGGGAGUCUGGGGCCGAGCGGCUCAACCUGUGGAGAAGCCCUCCUCAGUGACUUUUGGUGAUCCUAUGAAGGAAACAGAGAAGAACACGACCCACACUGCCUCGUUCAGCUGGCCUCCUGUAUGCAGGCCUGCUGAGGUGAAGGAGCGUCUGAAGCUGAACCUCGGAGAUUUCUCUAAGAACGUUUGGUCGUCCACAACCAGAGAAACCUUCUGUCACCACAAACCUGAUGAUCCAGUUGUUGUGGAGAAAAGGAACCAAACAAGCAGUUCCUUACCUGAAGGAGACACGAAGGGAAACAAAGAGAGAACGUCUGUCUCCACCAGCAGAAGCUCCUUCUCUCAUCUGAACCACACACAGCGUCCCGUCUAUGUGUCUGGUGCUGACCUGAUGACCAGGAGCCAUGUGGAGUUCAGCCCAGCGAGUCUGUCGGGACGCUACUACACCACCACGGCCAGAGAAACCUUCAGCAGACGGGACGGCCAGCCGGCCAAACCAGCCGCCCAGCUGCCAUGCAACAUCCUGAGUGGACUCGAAUAUGAGCUGGAACCCAGUAUGACCAAGACUGACUUCCUCCCUCUGAAGCCCUGCAGACCAGCAGCAUGUCUGCCCAAGAGCAACUUCAGGUUUCCUAAAACACACCAGAUCUUCAGCACCACCCACAGAGAAACCUACACCACCAAACCUCCGACCACGCAGCGUCCCUACUGCAACCAGUUCCACACUCAUUUUAUCAUGAGGUGAUUAAAGCUAUAAAGUCAAACCAAGAGUCAAGAAGAGUUUUUAUAUGUUUAGUUUUCUAUUUUGUAUCAUGCUUUUUGCAAAACUGCGACCACAUUCUCUACAUUGCUGCACUAUUUUGUUAAUUGCCUUCCAGCGUUGAUAGAAACACUUUCACAGCUUGACCACAAUAACUGACAUUUGGUUUGGACAACAAUGGAGGACAACAUGUAUUUAUUGUGUUUUUGUUGUUUGAGGAGUGUUAGAACAUAUUGGGAAGAUUUUUUUUAUUUGUAUUGAUGUGGGUGUUAUAUUCAGAAUACAAAUGUUUUGUUGUUUACUACAUUUAUGACAAAACUUUAUUGCACACUACUUGUUGCAUGUUUUUCAAUUAUACAAUCAGUGCAUA